CAAUGGCGACAGGGGGCGGCGGGCGAGCGACCAAUGGCCUGCCGGGGCGGGUCCGGCGAGCCGAAUCGCCCACUCGGAGCGCUCCGUUCGGACCUCCGCCCUCGGCGCUCAAUAAAUACCACGGAAUGAGCGCGUGAGGGGCAGCAGCCGGCGCCGGGAGCCCAAGCGACGCGCCCGGCGGCGUCCGCGCGAGCAGCCAAUGAGCGUCGCCGCCGAGCGGGCGUCAGCCAAUGGCGGCAGGGGCCGGGCGGGCGAGCGACCAAUGGCCUGCCGGGGCGUGUCCGGCGAGCCGAGUCGCCCACUCGGAGCGCUCCGUUCGGACCUCCGCCCUCGGCGCUCAAUAAAUACCACGGAAUGAGCGCGUGAGGGGCAGCAGCCGGCGCCGGGAGCCCAAGCGACGCGCCCGGCGGCGUCCGCGCGAGCAGCCAAUGAGCGUCGCCGCCGAGCGGGCGUCAGCCAAUGGCGACAGGGGGCGGCGGGCGAGCGACCAAUGGCCUGCCGGGGCGGGUCCGGCGAGCCGAGUCGCCCACUCGGAGCGCUCCGUUCGGACCUCCGCCCUCGGCGCUCAAUAAAUACCACGGAAUGAGCGCGUGAGAGGCAGCAGCCGGCCCCGGGAGCCCAAGCGACGCGCCCGGCGGCGUCCGCGCGAGCAGCCAAUGAGCGUCGCCGCCGAGCGGGCGUCAGCCAAUGGCGGCAGGGGCCGGGCGGGCGAGCGACCAAUGGCGUGCGUCGGAGCGGCCGGUCCCGGCGGCGGGGACGGCGGCGGCGCGAUGGGCGCGGAGCGGGAGGCGUCCCCCUGGGUGUCCUGCGCGCUGAGCGCGGGCUGCGUGGUGAGCGCCUCGGGCCCGGGCGUCCCGUGGAGCUGCAGCGGCGUGGCCCUGAGCGCGCGUCCGGGGCUGGUCCUGUGCCACGGCGGCGCGCUGGCGUCCCGCCUGCCGCGGCCGCCGCCUCCCGGCGCCUUCGUGCCGGCCGCGCGGCUCCGCCUGGCGCGGGAGCCCGAGCUGCGGGUGCGCCGGGGCCCGGGCCCCGCCGUCCCGGCGCGUCUGCUGGGGCUGCUGCGCUGCCCCGCCUUCGCCGCCCCCGCCGCCCGCCUGCUGCGGGCCGGGGACGUGCGGGCCUCCGCCCCGGAGGCCGCCGCCGGCCUGUUCGCCCUCGUGCGGGUGGGGGCGGGGGCGGGGGCGGGCGGCGCGGCGCGGGCCGUGGGGGCGCCUCCGCCCCGGGGGUCCCCGCUGCUGGUGUGCGCCUGCCCCUUCGGCGGCCGCCGGGACGGCCUGUUCCUCAACACGCUGAGCGCCGGCGUGCUGUGCAACCGGCGCGGCCCGCUGCUGCUCGGCGACGCCCGCUGCCUGCCCGGCGCCGAGGGCGGCGGCGUGUGGGACGGCCGGAGGCCCGGGCGGCUGGUGGCCCUGGUGGCCGCCCCCCUGCACGGCCCGGACGGCCCGCUGGGCCUGGCCCUCCUCUGCGCCGCCCGCCCGCUGCUCCGCGCCGCCCUCCGCGGCCCCGGCCUGGACGGCCCCGACGCCCGGGCGCUCCGAGCCCUGCUGCCGCCCGCCUCCCCGCCGAGCCCCCCGAGCCCCCCGGCCUGGGCCCGGGCCGUGCUGGUGGACGCGGGGUCCGCCUGGGGGUCGGGACUCGGCUGGGGCCGCCGCCUCGUCGUCACCUGCAGGCACGUGGUGGCCCACGGGCACCCAGUGCGAGUCAAGCCGCAGCGCCCCAAGGGCUUGGUGAUCCAAGCAAGAGUGGUGUUUGCCACCCAGGACACGUGCCCCUACGACGUGGCCGUCUUGCAGCUGGAAGAGGAUUUGCCAGAGAUCCCAGAGCCCAUCCUGGCCGACCGGUUCCACAAAGGUGAGGAAGUGAACGUCGUGGGCUUUGGGGUGUUCGGCCAGGCGUGCGGGCCCUCGGUGACCGCGGGGAUCCUGUCCGCCGUGGUUACUGUGGACGACGAACCGGUGAUGCUUCAGACCACCUGUGCUGUCCACAGAGGCUCCAGCGGGGGGCCGGUGUUCUCCACCAACUCCGGCCAGCUUCUCGGCAUCGUGGCCAGCAACACCAGGGACAACAGCACUGGCACUACCUACCCGCACCUCAACUUCAGCAUCCCCAUCACCGUGCUGCAGCCGGCCCUGAGGGAAUACAUCCGGACCGGAGACCCGGGCAGUCUGGAUCGGCUGAAUCGGGCCGACGAACAGGUCCGGAGGGUCUGGAGGCUGCAGAAGGCUGCGGCCAGUCGACCCCGUAGCAGGCUCUGAGUAGGCACCCGCGAGGGCCGGGGCGAAGGUCCUGGCCUAGAGCGGGGCUGGAGGCUGGGAUUCCGGCAGCCCCGGCUGACUAGGCAUGCAGCCGAGGGUGUGACGGGAAAUCUCGCCCUCUUCUGAGUUGAUUCCUGUGACGACGUUGGCCCAUCUGGGGACCACGGAAGCGCUUCUCUGCUGCUGCUCCCUGACCACCGGGAGGUUGGUGGGGGCAAGAGGGCCCCCUCCCCCAAAGAGCUGCACCCCCCUGGAGCCACUCGGUUGUCAGCCUUACACCCGGGGCCUUCUUUCCACCUAGCCUGAAGCCACUUUAGCGCUCCCUGUCCCCUCUUCCCGAGUGCUCAUCGUGCCUCCUUUCAGUGGAGAUCCAGAGAAGCGAAAAAAGGGCAACCGCAGGCCCCAAGGUUGUCGGCUAUCUCUCUGUCUCCCCGCCUUACUGAUCACCCGAAGCCUCUGUGCUCUGGUCUUCAAUCAACACGUGAUCGGGGUCACCCGGGCCCUCUGCUCCCCUCAAAGAGCCUGUGAUCUCCCGGGAGUUCCCAGCAUGUGGGAGAAAACUGGGAUUAGGACCUGUCUGUGAAGGUUGGAGGAAGAAGAAGCCCAGGGAGGGAGAUUCGGGGAGGAUUAUUGCCGGCUUGCCUGGACCCCAGCAUCCCUGCCCCAGGGCUUGGCCUGUUCCGCCCGGCGCCGGGGGCGGGUGAGCCCACUGGGAACCGGGCUGGGGGCAACGAGGGGCAGGUCCCAGGCCAAAGGCUGAAACCCUGCCUGACUGGGCGUGCGGGUCAGGAUGAAUCCAAGCCAGUCGGGUCUUGGCGGGCCGGAACUCCUCCCCCCGCCUCACAGCUCAAGGUAUUCCGGUGGCGGAGGGGAAGGGGACUCAACGCUUCUUUAACUCUGCUUCUGGUUUUGACUCUGUUUCCCCCAGCUGAGCGAGUGGUAAAGCCGCAACCGAGGAGAACGUGGAAUCGGUAACUUUUACCUUCCCUGUGGUAUUUUUGCUGCAGCAGUGGCCUUUUAAAGGGAUUGCGUCCCUUUACAACUUUGGUUCUUGUUACUCGGGCGUAAUAAAGUUUGGAGUUUGAACAGAAUUUUUCAUGCUGGCCAGAA